AUGUCGAAGCCCGAUCAAAACGUACCGGAACCUGACAAGGUCGCCGAUCAGCUUCGCCAUUCAUUGACUAUGGAAGAUAAUAAGCCAGAUACUGUUCAUGCCGAUCUUGGAUCACCAAUUACUCCGCUUGAAACUCGGCCGAGUGGACUCACCUCCACUAGUAGCUUCAGUUCUAGCUCCUCUGGAUCGGUUACGGGUCGCUCUGGACAUGCUCCGGUUACAAUAAAACCCGAUUCCGAUCGGUUAAAUACCUCCGUCGCUCAAUCUUCAAAGCUUACAAAUUCCUCCGCCGCUCAAUCUACGUCCGACUCUCAAUUGAAGUCUAACAGUACCUCUGCCGCGCAAUCUUAUAAGUCCACCGUUCAAUCCGGGUCUGCCGCCGCGCAAUCUUCCAAUUCCGCCGCUCAAUCCAGGACCGCCGUCGCGCCAUCUUCUAAGUCCGCCGCUCAAUCUAAGCACAGCAAUCCCUCCGGCGGUAAAUCUUCUAAGUCCACUGUUCCCUCCGCCGCACAAUCGAAGCCGAGCAGUAGCUCCGCCGCGCAAUCUGGCGGUAAAACUGGGUCAAGCAGUAGCGGCCCAAAGACCGCGACUGGGAAUGCGAGACCAGGUCGAAGCUCUGCAUCGUCGGACUCAGCAAAACCAUCGGGUAAAAGCUCUACUACGUCGCCGCAACAACCGGUCAAAAUAGUUCCCGCCGGUAACCUUUUUCCUUCCGGGAAAGUCCAGAUUACUGGCAUGACUCAAGGAGUUCCAAGAAGCAUGGUUCUUAGACCUGGACCAAGUGAGAAAUCAUACGGAUACGGUAACAUAAUGCGAGGAAGAAGCAGCUCCUCUCCUUCGAAGCCAACGUCUUCGUCUUCCUCUGUUUCGCCAGUUAAAGCCCGUAGCUUUAGUAGUGACCAAGACGCAGAUACAUUGUGGAAGAAAGUGAUGACAAGUACGAAUCCUGAAGAAGUCAAGAGAGUUGGAAACGAAAUGUUCAAAAAAGGUUGUUUCGGUGAGGCUUUGAAGUUGUAUGAUCGAGCAAUAGAGCUCGUACCGGGUAAUGCGUCUUACCAUAGCAAUCGAGCAGCUGCAUUGUCUGGUUUAGGUCGGAUUGGAGAAGCUGUGAUUGAGUGUGAAGAAGCUAUUAAAAUGGAUCCAACAUUUGCGAGAGCUCAUCACCGUUUAGCCACAUUGCUUCUAAGAUUAGGUCAGGUCGAUAAUUCAGGGAAGCAUUUUUUUUCUGUGGAGGAACCAAAACCAGAUUCCAUGGUGUUGAAGAUGCUUGAACAAAUAGACAAACACUUGAACAAAUGCACAGAUGCAAGAAGACGCGGUGAAUGGAAUAUUGUUUUGUCAGAAGCAACUGCGGCUAUGGCUUGUGGAGCUGAUGCUUCUCCUCAGCUAGCUAUAUGUAAAGUUGAAGCACUACUUAAACUACUACGGCUUGAUGAUGCUCAAACAUUAUUAGCAAUUGUCCCUAUAGUGGAACCAUUCCCAGCCUCUUUCUCACAGACUCGGUUUUUCGAUAUGAUAUGUGAAGCAUACACAUGUUUUGUCAAAUCCCAAAUGGACUUGGCUUUAGGAAGGUUCGAAAACGCAGUUACAGCUGCACAGAAAGCUUCAGAGAUCAAUCCAAAAAACAGUGAAAUUGAAACAUUGUAUAGAAAUGUUAAAUCGAUUGCUAGAGCGCGUGAUCGUGGUAGCGAUCUUUAUGAAUCAGAAAGAUACACUGAAGCAGGCUCAGCUUAUGCAGAAGGCCUUAAGUUUGAUCCAUCCAAUGCUACUCUAUUCAGUCUUAGAGCAGAUUGUUUUUUUAAAGUUGGGAUGUGGGAGAGCUCAAUCGAAGAUUGUAACCAUGCAUUGCGCAUUCUACCGAGUUACAUAAAGCCUCUUCGUCAAAGGGCUGCAUCAUACAGCAAGCUUGAAAGAUGGGCUGAAGCAGUGAGAGAUUAUGAGACCUUAAGAAAGGGACUACCUUAUGACAAAGAAAUUGCUGAAUGUUUGUUUCACGCUCAAGUUGCAUUGAAGAAAUCUCAGGGAGAAGUAGUACUAAACAUGGAAUUUGGAGGUGAAGUUGAGGAAGUUUUUAGUCAUGAAGAGUUAAAAGCUGCACUGACCCGUCCUGGAGUUUCCAUUGUACUUUUUGUGAGAGCCUCUGAGCAACAAUGUAAGGAGAUGUCUUUUUUCAUGGACGCACUCUGUAUUCGUUACCCAUCUCUGCACUUCCUCAAGGUGGAAAUGGAGAAAUGUGCUGAAGUGUGUGAUGCAGAGAGAGUGAGAGUUGUGCCAACGUUCAAGUUUUACAAAAAUGGGAUUCGAGUGAAGGAGAUUGUGUGCCCAAGCAAGGAAGCACUUGAGAAUACAGUGAGGCACUAUAGCCUUUAA